AUGAACCGACUGGUUCCUUAUCGUGUUAAAGUGCCGGAGGAGGUAUUGACACGUAUCGAACAGAUGCGUAGCACUACGAUGUAUCUGGUACGGACAAUAGGUCCUACGUCUUAUGUGAUCCAAGAGCAGAACUGCGACAAGAAAUACAAAGUCUUGAUUGGAUCGAUGCAGACCUGUAGCUGCGGCGAACCAGACAUUUGUAUCCAUAUCAUGUUCGUUAUGCUCAAAGUGCUUCGAGUUCCGCCAACGACACCAAUCGUAUGGCAGAAGUCUCUUCUUGAUUCAGAGAUUGAAAUGCUGCUUGAAGCUAUUAGUUUGGGGGAUGAGGAAGUAGAUCGGCAAAUAGUAGUAGAGGGAGAAGUGUGUGCUAUUUGCCAGGAAGGCAUGAACGACUACCAACUGCUUACUUUCUGCCGCAGAGGUUGUGGCAAUAAUUUCCACAUUGAAUGCAUGAAGGUCUUCGGAGAGAGUCGACGUCAGUCAAAAGAACACAUCAUUUGUCCGUUGUGUCGUCACGAUUGGGGCGACGAAGCUCUCACAGUUUUGCAAAACGAGAUAAAGGCCGCAAAUAAAGCUCCAAAUGUUCACAGGGGAACCUCGUGCAGAAAAUGCAAGACGAAACCACUUCGAUGCGAGCGAUAUCGCUGUGUACAGUGUAAGAAUGUAGAUUUGUGCGUGCGGUGCUUUAAGUCAAGGGUCCACCGGAACCAUGCCUUUGUGAUGAAGCAAAACGUAUCUGACCCGUGGGUCCCAGCAUUACGUGACACCCAGCCACUAGCCGCUAUCAGUCAAGAUGUAAUACGGGAUCUAGAGACUCGCGAACUCUCAACUAACGAUUACGAUGUGCUACUGCAACUUGAUAGUGGACAUGAUAGCCUCUUGCAAGAUUUUCUCAUGAAAGUUAUUUCGGGAACAAAAAGUCUUCGGUUGAAAGCUGCCUUGCAUUUGGUAUCGUGUGGGCAUGUGUUCCAUGAAAGCUGUCUUGCAUGGUCCAUUUUAUCCCAAGUGUACAGCUGUCCAUUUCCUCGAUGUAAUCUUGCUCUGCUGCCUGGUUUGCUGUAUUUACAGCAAGAACACAAAAAAAGUAAAACCUCGCAGCUUACCCAGUCCAAACUUCAAUCAUUGAUAACGCCAGAUUUGAACUCUUCAUUUACGGUGCGAGGACUCCAGCAACAUCCAAACGCUCUCCGAUCGGGGUGCAAUAUUUUGCCCUUAAUCGCUGGUCCAGUUUCGGGAGGUACAAGUGUUAUACCGCUUGAACGUUCCUGUACCAACUUGCCUGCCUUGGAUUUUUCAGCACCGAAUAGACUGAAGCACAAAAACAUCGUGAAGGCGACUCAACGCUCAACACUGCACACGAAGAAAAAAGCAAAUAAGCAUCCGCAUGGGGAGAACAUAUUUACUACUCCUGAUCAGAAUCAAGGACGCUCUUUGGUCCAAAAUGACAGUGAUAGACUCGUAGUUUAUCCUGGUCAUCUUGCGAAAAUCUGCGCUGAAAUGGAGAUUGGUGAUGCGGAACGAUUUUUGAGACAGAAAGCGGGCCAAAGGGGUCAACUUCAAUGCGGCAAUAAGUGUCUACGCUUAUUUGCAAAUGAUCUUAUCAGUGCAGAUGGAAAAACAGCUCGUCACAUUACGAAUGUUCAAGACUUUCCAGUUAUACGUUACAACAAGGCAAAGCAGAGGUUUACGAAACGACAAACGCAAAAACAGUGUCAUCAAAAAUUUUAUGUAGGCAACAUGUCUUCUGUGUAA